UGACAAAUAUACCAUAUGAAUAUUUUCCAUUUGCAACCAGGGAUUGCUGAGGAUUCCAUCGACAGCAUAAUUGUGACUGCAAGUGAGCAGGAUUCUGAGAUCAUGGAUGCGAACGAGCAACCUCAAGCUAAAAUUACACGUAGCAUCGUGUUUGUGACUGGUGAAGCUGCUCCUUAUGCAAAGUCAGGGGGGCUGGGAGAUGUUUGUGGUUCGUUACCAAUUGCUCUUGCUGCUCGUGGUCACCGUGUGAUGGUUGUAAUGCCAAGAUACUUGAAUGGGUCCUCUGAUAAAAACUAUGCAAAGGCAUUAUACACUGCGAAGCACAUUCAGAUUCCAUGCUUUGGGGGAUCACAUGAAGUCACCUUUUUUCAUGAGUAUAGAGACAACGUCGAUUGGGUGUUUGUCGAUCAUCCGUCAUAUCAUAGACCAGGAAGUUUAUAUGGAGAUAAUUUUGGUGCUUUUGGUGAUAAUCAGUUCAGAUACACACUCCUUUGCUAUGCUGCAUGCGAGGCCCCACUAAUCCUUGAAUUGGGAGGAUAUAUUUAUGGACAGAAUUGCAUGUUUGUUGUGAACGAUUGGCAUGCCAGCCUUGUGCCAGUCCUUCUUGCUGCAAAAUAUAGACCAUACGGUGUUUACAGAGAUUCCCGCAGCACUCUUGUUAUACAUAAUUUAGCACAUCAGGGUGUGGAGCCUGCAAGUACAUAUCCUGAUCUGGGAUUGCCACCUGAAUGGUAUGGAGCUUUAGAAUGGGUAUUUCCAGAAUGGGCAAGGAGGCAUGCCCUUGACAAGGGUGAGGCAGUUAACUUUUUGAAAGGAGCAGUUGUGACAGCAGAUCGAAUUGUGACCGUCAGUCAGGGUUAUUCAUGGGAGGUCACAACUGCUGAAGGUGGACAGGGCCUCAAUGAGCUCUUAAGUUCCCGAAAAAGUGUAUUGAAUGGAAUUGUAAAUGGAAUUGAUAUUAAUGAUUGGAACCCCACCACGGACAAGUGUCUCCCUCAUCAUUAUUCUGUCGAUGACCUCUCUGGAAAGGCCAAAUGUAAAGCUGAAUUGCAGAAGGAGCUGGGUUUACCUGUAAGGGAGGAUGUUCCUCUGAUUGGCUUUAUUGGAAGACUGGAUUACCAGAAAGGCAUUGACCUCAUUAAAAUGGCCAUUCCAGAUCUCAUGAGGGAGGACGUGCAGUUUGUCAUGCUUGGAUCUGGGGAUCCAGUUUUUGAAGGCUGGAUGAGAUCUACCGAGUCGAGCUACAAGGAUAAAUUCCGUGGUUGGGUUGGAUUUAGUGUUCCAGUUUCCCACAGAAUAACUGCAGGUUGCGAUAUAUUGUUAAUGCCAUCCAGAUUCGAACCUUGCGGUCUUAAUCAGCUAUAUGCUAUGCAAUAUGGCACAGUUCCUGUAGUUCAUGGAACUGGGGGCCUCCGAGACACAGUCGAGACCUUCAACCCUUUUGGUGCAAAAGGAGAGGAGGGUACAGGGUGGGCGUUCUCACCGCUAACCGUGGACAAGAUGUUGUGGGCAUUGCGAACCGCGAUGUCGACAUUCAGGGAGCACAAGCCGUCCUGGGAGGGGCUCAUGAAGCGAGGCAUGACAAAAGACCAUACGUGGGACCAUGCCGCCGAGCAGUACGAGCAGAUCUUCGAAUGGGCCUUCGUGGACCAGCCAUAUGUCAUGUAGACAGGGACUGGGGAGGUCGAAGCGGCAGUCUCCUUGAGCUCAGAAGACAUGUUCCUCAUCCUUCCGCGGCCCGGAAGGAUACCCCUGUACAUUGCGUGGAACGCGGUCCUCCUACAAUAGUGGCAAUGCGCCUGCUUGCUUGGUUCGCCGGUUCGAAAGUAAAUGAUGGCUGUGCUGCUGCGGCGGUGACAGCUUCGGGUGGAUGACAGUUACAGUUUUGGGGAAUAAGGAAGGGGGUGCUGCAGGAAUGGUUAACAGCAAAGUUGCACUCAGCUGGCAGCCUCUCGGUCCGUGUUACAGCUGAAAUCUGAAACCAACUGGUGACUCUUUAGCCUUAGUGAUUGUGAAGUUUGUUCCCUUCUGUGUAUGUUGUCUUGUCCUUAGCUGACAAAUUUUUGACCUGUUGGAGAAUUUUAUUUAUCUUUGCUGCUGUUGUUUU